AGAUUGGCAGCGGCGAGUCCACUUCCCGGCCUUCCAUGGCUUGAAUUCAUUUAAUUGACUUAAAGCCGGACGAGCUGAACGGCUUUUACAGUAAACCCCGCGAUUCUCCUUCAAUAACACUACCACCUGAUUUAUAAACUCCCCAUUGCCUUGCUGCGAAGGUCACAAUCGCGAAAAAACUGUCACCCACGACUCCCUACACACAAAUUUACAAGAGGCCCCAUAUACAUACGCAACAAUGGCAGAGAAGAAGAUGGAAUACGUCAACUUAGGAAAGUCUGGCCUCAAAGUCUCAAAGGUCAUCUUGGGUGCCAUGAGCUAUGGGUCUUCCAAAUGGCAGCCAUGGGUUCUGGACGAAGCUGAAAGCUUGCCACUGCUUGAGCAUGCAUACAAGUGCGGUAUCAACACCUGGGAUACGGCCGACAUGUACUCCCACGGUAUCUCCGAAAAGAUCAUUGCAAAAGCGCUGAAGCAGUACAAUAUUCCGCGCAGCAAGGUUGUCAUUUUAUCAAAAUGCUACUUCGGCGUCAUCGAAGAAGACCCCAGCGUUCCUACUGCCCAAGCAUCCAUCAACGAUGCCGAGAUGGUCAAUCAAGUUGGCUUGAGUCGCAAGCACAUCUUUGACGCCGUAGAGAAGAGUGUAGAAAGAUUGGGCACCUACAUUGAUGUCCUCCAGAUCCAUCGUUUGGAUCGUGGUACACCCAGGGAGGAAAUCAUGAAGGCCCUGAACGAUGUUAUUGAGAAGGGCUGGGUACGCUACAUUGGCGCCAGCUCAAUGGCUGCGUGGGAGUUCCAAACACUGCAAAAUAUUGCAGACAAGAACGGUUGGCACAAGUUUAUCUCAAUGCAGAACUACUACAACUUGCUCUACCGCGAGGAGGAGCGCGAAAUGAUUCCAUACUGUCAAGACACUGGCGUCGGUCUCAUCCCAUGGUCGCCCAUAGCCCGUGGUGCCCUCACGCGCCCUUGGAAUGAUCGAUCUACGAAGCGUGCAGAAACCGAUAAAUUCCAGGACCUACUCGUUUACUCGAGGGAAGACGCCAUUGACAAGAAGAUCAUUGAGCGAGUGGAAGAGGUUGCAAAGAAGAACAACGUCAGCAUGGCAUGCAUUGCAACAGCAUGGACUAUCAAAAAGGGCGUUUGCCCCAUCAUCGGGUUGGGCAGCAAACAAAGAAUUGAAGAAGCGGUACAGAACAUUCACUUCAAGCUUAGUGAUGAAGACGCAAAAUACCUGGAAGAGGUAUAUGCGCCCAAGUUCAGGCAGGGUUUCUAAAAUGCGAUUAGAUACGAUACAUCAACGUAGAAAGAUAUCAUGAGUGUGCACUUAGUGACGUUUGCCUUUGAAGAAUGAGGGAAUGGUGGUGUUUUACCUGAAUAUCUUGUCUCCUUUUUGGCAACUUAUUGACAAGUUGUCUUGGAAAAGGGUAACUGUCAGCUCUGGAAAGAGGGACUUAGCAACAGCCCACUGUCUGUAUAUUGACCCCGGGGAGACACCACUAUAUUUUUUCCUGUCCAGUGAUUACACAUCGGUCAUGAAUCC